CAAGAUUAGACUUAACCAUCGAAGGAGAAGAGGAAGUUACAUCGUGAUAUCUGGAUCACGUGGUAUACCUUGUCCCCAAUGAUCGCUGGCUUCCGUAUUUCGGCGAAGAAAACGUUAAAUGGAUGACAUAGUUGUAUUGUCCGUAAACUUUGACUUGGGAACUGAGAGAGGACGAAAAUAGGGACACUUACGUAUGGACCCUCUUCAAUGUAGGACACGCCCCCUCCAGUAUAUAUUAUCCUCCUCAGCAAUUUUAACAGCGGUAACUGGCAAAUAUCACCUGGAGCGACACGUAAUAUGCCACUUUCCUCACUGUGGCGCUGAAAACAAUGUCGGCGGAGUACAGAGGCUGCACCACUUCCGUUGAAACGCCCCCUGUUUGUUUCGGUGACGUGUUGUGUCCGAGUGUAUGUAAACUUACAGAAUCUAGAAGUUCUACAAAGAGUUUGUCAUGUGACUUCGACGAGACUUUGAUGAAAGAAUGCGAUGACAGCGACGAUAAUGUGUUUUAUGACGUAAAACCAAAAGACUCUGGUUACAUUUGCCUACAAAGCAUCCCUCUCUUACCGUCCAGAACAUCGUAUUGUAGUUCCUCCUCGGACGGGUUCCCCCAAGAUGGACCUCUAGAUCUCAGACAACGACGGUCAAGUUCUACCCAGGGGAAGGACAGCGAAAACGAACCAGUCUCUAUACAGAAACUACGUCACAAAAGAAUGUUUACCAAUAGUCGGGAACGCUGGCGGCAACAGAACGUCAAUGGCGCGUUUGCGGAUCUUCGUAAACUCGUUCCGACGCACCCGCCAGAUAAAAAACUCAGCAAACACGAAAUUCUACGUUGUACUAUACGCUAUAUCAGACUUUUAGAGAACGUUUUAGAAUAUCAGAGUCACGGUGACGUUAAACGUGUGAAAACAGAACAGGAAGUUAGUGAGGAUUGGAACAGAGUUUACGAGGAAUCGUCCGAUGAUGAAAGUCUGCAUUCAGCGUAAUACAUUCUGUGUGUGGUGGUUUUUGUUGUAGUUUUCUUUAAAGGGGGUGGGAAGCAUUGCAUAGUCUUCAAAGAUAAUUACAAAAUAAAUGCAUCAGGCUGAUUUUGAUGAGCUUGACUACUAGUAUUUGCAAAGAUAUGUGUGCGUACGUUGUUGUUUAUUUGUUUGGGUUUUCUUUAAUAUAUACACUGUAUAUAUUAUAGUCCAUACAUAUUUAAUAAGCACGGCAUUGGAUUUAUUAUUAACGAAAUUUCAGCGUUAUAGAUCUAAAGGUCUGAACAUGGUGGUGUUUACUGAAGAAAUUCAUCAUCAUUUUUCUUCCUGUAAAUUCCUAAGUCGAACGUUUGGAUUUUGGGCAAUGCAUGAAAAAGUAUUAGUCUCCUCUGUUUAUUUUCAUGUUAAGAGGGAUGGAUGGUCGUGUCUAUUUUAAAACCAUAUUAAUCUCUUUGCAAAGAAGAGCUUUAAACUAAUAUAAAGGAAAUUUCAAAGAUUUCAAAGUUAAAGUAUUUGGAAUUUUUCUGCACUUUAUAAUAGUUUAUGAUUAAAUGAUUAAAAUGAAAUGAAAAUGUACUAUUUAAUAAACAUAUCUGAAACAUU